AUGACGUCGGUUGUGAGGAGUGGGGAAUCUUCAAAACGCCCAUCUGGCAUGGAACCAGUGGAAAGCUUUAAAUGCGAGGCGCGUUGUUGUUGUGUUGCUGGUAAUGACGUUUGGGUGACAGAGCUUAAGGGUGGGAUUGCUGUGUGCGACGCACAGCGGGGAAAUGUACUGGAGCGCAUUGCUGUUGGUGGUACCGACACGCGUGUGCAGUUCAAGUGUAUGGUGCUUGUUCAUGGUGAUGAGGUGUGGGCGGGGAGUAUCAACGGUGCUAUUCAUAUAUUUGACGUACCUACAAAGCGGUGGAAGCAGUCCAUGACGAUUUUAGGUGUGGAGGCAAGGGCACCCAUUUUGUCACUUUUCUUUGACGGCUUUUCGGUGCUGGGCGGCUCGGAGACGGGCCGCAUCGUGCAAUGGAACCCCUUUACAAAGGAGCAGGUGAAAGUUUUUGUUGCUCUUGCGCCUGUGACGGCAAUAACAGUGACUGGGGGUUUUGUCGUUAACGGCGGGCGCGACGGCGUUGUGCAGUUUUGGGAUUCCCGUAGUGGGGAGGUUAUUUGCGAGCACACGCAGGACAAAUCCGCCGUUACAAGUAUUCUUGUAGACUCGACGACAUCUACACUUUGGGUGGGACGAACUAACGGCACCGUUAGCGUGUACACACUCUCUGUACCCAUGAGCUUUAAUUGCCGACUCUCAGUCGGCAAUGGCGCUGUGACAUCCAUGUUAGCGGUUAGUGGAAAAGUUCUUGCCACUUCAUACGACAGGUCCGUCGUUGUGUUUGCCGCUAAAACGCGUGAAGAAGUUAGCCGUUCAAGGACGGCACACAACGCGUUUAUUCAUUACGCUGCACGUGUGUACGCUGCAGAGAUGGCACGCAUUUGGACAAUUGGAAAUGAUGGCGUCAUUUAUGUGUGGGAUGUGGCGGGUUACUUUUUGCCAUGUCGAUCUUCACCGACCAUCAGUCCAUAUGAUCAGGCGGCUGUGGUUCAUGAUGCCAGGGGUGCGCUGACAGUAGAGAAUGCACAGCUGUCAUCCCGUGUGGCGGAGUCCCUCAGUCGUGUGGUGGAUGUGAAGGAGGAACUACGAAAAGUACGUGAUGAGGCGCAUGAAAUGCGGCUACGGCUCAUUUCAUUUGAGAAUGUUCUUAAAGAAAAGGAAAUGGAGAUUGCCUCGCGUACCGCUCGUAUGAAGGAACUGGAAGAAGAUGUGAACAGACUUCAGAAAAGCGUCACAGACAGCAACGCCCGCGUCGAUGCGGCGCAGCGGGAGACCAACGUGCUUCGCGCAGAUCACAACACGGCUGUGCAGGAUGCCUCUCAGACCAAAGCACAGUUAUCGGCCAAAAUUUCCGAAAAUGCGAAUCUCAAGCAGCAGCUGUCGGCGACCUGCACGGAAAAGUCGCACCUAGAGAUUCGGCUUCGUGAUAGAGAUGCUGAAUUGACGCAGUUGAGGGCAGAAAAUGCGCGGCUUCACGGGGCGAUGGGGCAAAUUUCUUCUUCGCAGUCUGCUGAAAGGGAGAUGUACAAAAAAAUGCUUGCCAAUACGGAGGGUGCCAUGCGCCAGGAACUCAAUGAGCUGCGAAGACGAAGUCAAAUUUUGGGAUCCUUGGUUGUCUCCAUGGAGUACACAAUCCGGCGCAAAGAGGAGGAGGAGCGCGACAUGACGGCACUCAUGAAUGCAUUUCGUCGCAGGGUUGCAGAGCGUGUCACCGAUCCUCAUCUGGCCGCGCUUCUUAAUUUCACAAUGUUGCGCAAUCCUGAUCGUUUUGAUAUGGACUGUGAUGAGCACACAAAAGAGUUGCUUUGUGAUCGUAAUGGUCCUUUCAUACAGUUUCUCCACUUAUUACGUGAUCGCGAUCCAGACAGUUAUGGGCAACUGCUUGAGUACCUUCAACAUCCGGAUGCGGGCUCGCAGUUUAGCCAGCUUUUUGAUAAAAUUUUAAGUCUUGCCCAGAAGGAGGGAAACGCGUCGGGUGAUGAUGACAUUGUGACGUUUAAAAAGAGCUUGCCGGCUCUUCUUGACUCAUUGAACGCUAUGAAGGCGGCAAGCAAUCGAACCGAAGAUGCAGGCGGAUCGGUCGGGAAUAUCUCCAAACCGGGAGCAAGCGUGGCGAAUGCUAAUUAUUUACUGCCACCAAACACCGCUGCCAGUUCCAAUCAAACCGGUGGUGUGGCUGGCAAUGUGGGGUUGGGGAGUGGUGCUUCUGGUGUUUAUUCAAAUGGAGGCAAUGCCGCUACUUUUAGUGGCACAGCCACUCUGCAGCCGCAAACAUCAUCACAGCAGCAGGCAGGUGCGGGGGCUGUUGAAGCAGGAGGCGCGCUGUCGAUGAAUGUCGAUGACUUUAAGACAUUCCUUCGAAGCAUGAAUAUCUCCAUUGAACAACCUGACUUGGUUGGACAAGCACCACUUGGCCUCACGGAGGAUACCUACGUGAAACAACUUAAGAGUACCUUUGAGUUUAUUUUGCAAACACGCCGCGAUUUGGUUCAGCAGAUGGGAAUUCUUUUUAAACGCAUUGUGAAGGGACGCCAGGUUGUGGACGCACUGACUCGUAACGCACGCGAGGGUUUAUCUCCCACGCAUCGUUCCUCGGGCAGUCUUGGCGGAGGUAGUGGGAGGCAGAAUUUAGGCUCAAUUGCGACAAGCAUUUUGGAGGAACUUCACCGGUUUGUUUUAAAUCUCCUGGCGGUGUACUUCACUGCGGCGGAGAAGCAACGGUUGGGAUUAGGUGCCUAG